CGGUAUUUUAAAGUUAGCUAUAGGUACCGCGGAAACUUGACUGCGCCCUCGGAAACCGGCCCUGGUGAGGCACUUCCUCUUGUUAUAUUGAACUUAUUUUUUACUGGGCUUUCUCAUUUUGUCCUAAUGUUUUAUGCUAUGAAAGAGCGACCAACAGAGUGAUUAAAGGCCUAGCCGGACCAGUCAUGUUCGUCUGAAUCUGUCAGUGGCUGUGAUAAAAUCACUGCAACAGGUGCGGUCAUGGCCCCUAGAGUACACACCUUGCUUGCUAUUGAAACUGCGCUGAUCCUCCUUACAGCGAGGUUGCCUUGUUUACAGGCCCUCGCCUGCAAACACACGUGUACUCAGACGUACUACACAACUUGUGUAGACUUUGAUUUCAAAUGCACCAGACACCGGGACGUUGAUUGCUGGUUUUGUUGCGAGGGAUGGACUGGAACAGUGACUGGCCAAACUGGUUGUGAUACCGCCAUUUGUUGGGACAUUGAGAACUGGUGUCCAAAUGGAGGGACGUGCAGUGAGCCAGAUACGUGCAUCAACUGUAACUCUGGCUACUACUCCCCACGAUGUGACGAGUGCACAAGUAUCGAUUUCUGUGAUAGUGUAACAUGCACCACUGACUCAGACCAAAUUUGUCAGAACUGCAACGGAGACUAUGGCACUGCAAUUGGAGCAGCCUACAAGAAGUCAGCUGACCAGAGGCAGUGCAUAAAGCAAUGUUCAUGGAGGUCAGACAGCGAUGCCUGCUACCCAGGCUCCUGCACAGACGCCCGGUGCACAUGCAGCAGUGGAUUCUCGGGACCAGACUGCAGAACACUGGGCAGCAGUCAAGCUCCAGUCCUGUCAGAGCACCGUGCCACCCUGAUCAUGGGGACGACAACUCUGGAAUCCCCCACGGUCCUGGGCAGUACGGACACCGUCUACACCAACGUGCGAGACUUCGCAAGUGUCAAGGUCAAUUGGAAGAGCUCCUACCAGCCUGCGGGCCUUCCGAACCCCAGCGGCGGCGAUCACCCGUACAUCCACAGCGUCGGGCUUGGGAUCGUAUCUGCGAGUGUAAUGGUUGAUGUUAACAAGGCCCAGGGAGGAACCUAUUCCAUCGCUUCUCGGACUUGUUCAGGGGCUGGAUCUCGGCUGUCGCCUAGAACCGAUUUUGUCACGUGCGAAUACGAGUUCUCUCUAGACUACAGCUCAUGGACUCCCUCCACUGGAGAUGUUUUGAGGUAUGAUGUUGAGGCUGAAAAUGGUGGGUAUCUGAAGCUCUACAACAGAGACGUUCCCGUCGAAUCCAUCAUCACACGCUACUAUGAUGGACAGACAGUGUCAGGCUAUUCAACUUUCACCUUUGACUUUGUUGACCCCUACCACUGCGUGGAUGUCGGCAGUGGAUGCCGAACCACCAUGCUGCAUGCAGGGAGCGAUGUUACCACACAGGCCACAACAUCAAUCACCUGGCAGGGAUGGGCCGACGAUCUCGCCGGCAUUAAAGAGUACGACCUGCAAGUGCGACAGCUGUCGGGUAACCAUGGCAACGAGAUGACCGAAAUCUUUGACAGUUCCGCCGUUUAUAACGGGGUCACAAACUCUGGUCAUAGCGUCACCUUUCCUCACGUUGGUGUGUACUCCAUCAUCCUGACUACCGUCGACAAUGCCGGCAACACCAAACUCAGCAGACGCUUUGUGUUCUUUGACGACGACCCGAAUGACGUCACCGUUCAGAACGAUUCCCCUUUGCGCGUCCUCUCAGCGACCUCGAAAUCUGAGUAUGUCUGGCUGACCAGUCUAGGCCCCGACGGAGGGACGACUUCCGUGGAGCUUGAUUGGGCGAACCGUUUCACCAACGCGCAUCAUCACAGCCAAGGAUUGCUGAAACCCAUCGGGUCUUACGUCAGUGGUCACAUCGAUAGCAAUUACGACCAGAACUUUGGCCAGCGUGGCCGUGCGGCCAUCCCGAACGAACAGGGCGUGACGCAAUUCCGCGUUUUCAAUGACAUCGACCACAGCGGUGGCCGGACCACUGUCACCCCCAGCGACGACAACUCGGACCACUGGAGUAAUGAAGCCACAAACACACGGGCGACCUACGACCUGACCCUAGUGGACGGUGAUUCCAUUCGGUUCUGGGUGGAGGCCAGGGACCUAGCUGGUCAUUUUGUGAGGGACAGUGUGUUGGUGCACACUGAUUCCUCCCCGCCUGUGAUUGAAGACUUCUGGCUAGUACGAGACGGGGAGGUGAAUCUAGCUGUUCAUAAUUCAGCCGAUCUGCAUGAAAUGAGUGUUGUGUUCAGGACCUUUGACAUUCACAGCGGUGUACGGACCAUUCAUUGGCGACUGUGGGACCCUGUGACAGAGACUGGAUACGGGAGCCAGACUAUUCCAGCCAGGCAGAUCAAUCCAGACACUGAAGACUGCGAUCCAGUCAGCUGUAUGUGUGUCCCAGUCGGUGAUUGUUACGCUGUUGACUAUAGUUUUAAUCCAACAUUCCACAUAGGCGCCCAUGACACUGAUUACUUCAUCACAUUAACGGUUACCAACCAUGCAAGACUCCUUACUACCGAGACAAUCAGGAUAACGGUAGAUACGUCAGGCCCUCAAGCAGGUGUGGUGCAUGAUGGGAUACGCGGGUCCAACGAGGUGGACUUUCAGGAGGGCAACGACCUCUCAGCUCACUGGGAGGGGUUCUUUGACAAGGAGAGCGGGGUCAAAUUCUACCAGUAUCUGUUUGACGAUUCCUGCUGGAUGAACGAGACGUCGAUCGGAAGGGUCAAAGAUGAGAUGACGAGAACCACUUCUACGCAUGCGAGUUGGACAGCCCCCUCGCCCGGCCAGUACUACGUCACCGUCAUCGCUUACAACCGAGCCCUGGAACCCUCAGAGGCCGUCUGUUCCGACGGUGUCGUGAUCGAUACCAGCCCACCGGAGUUGACCCAGAUUGCUAUCGGCUACGCCCGGAUGUGGCCUGGUCUGGCCAAGGAUGCCGAGGGUCGGGUGUGGUUCAUCGACGAGCAUCGCAGGAAGAUGGAACUGAUGAAUGCAUCCAGUGACUGCAGUGCUAAGGCUGCCCUGGUAGAUGAUUUGUCUGUUUAUCCUGAGAUGUCUGGCACCAACGACACCUCAGCAAUCCUUCAAGGAGACCUAGACUGCCUCUGGAUCUCAGCCGUCCAGCAGAAGUUCUACCUUCCUACCGACAAACAUUUGACAAUCUCCUGGAGUGGAGAGGAUGCAGAGAGUUCAAUCUAUGACUACGAGGUGGGUUACAGCUCAAGCCGCGUCAUCGACUUCUUCACCUCCAUGUCGACAUCGGGGCACGAUCACUUCGUGUUGCACCAUCCUCACUUCAGCCAUGGAUCUGUGCUAUAUCUGACUGUGUUGGCUAUCAACAAAGCUCAGAUGUCUACAUCCAAGGUAAUUGGUCCAAUUAUAGUAGAUACCACCCCACCCAUGUUUGUUGGGAGUGUCUCUGUCCAUGUGGAGGAUGACUACUUGAUAGCUGAAUGGGGAGAUGAUGGCUUCAUUGAUGAUGAGGAUACCAGCCUGAGAUACCAAGUUGCCAUCGGGAGCACCCCGGGCGGCGCAGAAACUCUCCCUUUCCAGGAAGAGAAAGACUACAAAAUUGGUCCGUGUUCAUCCCGCACCUCCUGUGCUGCAUUCUCAUUGGCUGACCUAGACUGGCAUCUCCAUGGCGAUCAUGAGUAUUACGUGUCGGUCAGAGCGCAGAAUGGCGCUGGGUUAGCUACGGUGGGGACGUCAUCGGUUUAUAGACAUAUCGUGCAGUUACCAUCCCUGGGUGUUGUAUUGGAUGUCGCCCCCCGUGGGGAACAGGUCAACAUGGACUUUGGGGUAGCCAAGGACAUUGAUGUACAGACGAACACCACAAGCAUCUCAGCUCGUUGGUUUGGCUUUGAGCAUCCUCAUCUUGAUAUCAACUAUGAGAUUGCCGUCGGAUCAGGAGGAGGUGCUACUGAUGUCAGCGGUGGUUUCGUCGAUGUUGGCAACGUAACCUUCUAUCGACUGGAUGGACUGGAUCUCACACCACUCAUGACAUAUUUUGUGACCGUCCGAGCCAACUCAGAAGCUGGUAGUGUCACCGUUACCUCAGACGGUGUCAGAGUUAUUCAAGAGGGUCAGGUACUGGAGGGAGCUGUGAUCAAAGACGGACUGGAAUGCGAUCAAGAUGGAAUGUCUGUGCCAUCAGGAUUAUCCCAUCACUCAUCUGUUGCUGAACAACCCUGUCAGGAUGACAUCACCUACCAGUCCUCUACCUCAGACAUCUCAGCUCGUUGGACCAUCCCUGAGAUGCUGCAGCCUUUUGUCACGAGCGUUCUUUGGGCAGUUGAACAGGAGAUCGAAGUCAAUUUGGAUGAUGAGACCACUACAGUGGAGUGGAUUACAUUACUUGAUGGUCAAGAUCUUGGCAUGGCAUUCCAACAUGUUCAGGCUGGUUCAGGGUUGCACAGUGGAGCUCAUUACAGAUCCAAGGUUCAGUUUUGCCACGUUAGCGUCUGCUUCCAACCGGUCGUCAGUGAUGGAUUCUGGGUGUUAUCACAGCCGCCCGAGGUCGGACAGGUCACAGUCGGCAACAUUGAGACCACGCAAGGCGGGACAGAGAUCAGCGUGGUCUUCCAGCCUUUCGCGCAAGAUUACGUCCGUCACGACGACCCACAAGAACUGAUGGAUUUCUACGAGUGGAGCAUUGCUGAGGAUGGUAGCGAUGGAGCACUGCUGAGUCCCUGGAUGAGGAUCCAGGAUUUGGUGCCGACCGAAGAUGUGGUUCGCUUCACAGCAUCCUACAGUGGUUCCUUAGACCUGGACGUCUGUCUUCGGUUAUCAGUGAGGGGCUACAAUAAGGCUGGUCUGUCUUCCAUCGCUAGUACGGAGAUUGUUAAUUGUGCUGAUGCAUCACUGGUCGUCCCUCAUACGGUCAUUGAUGCUGAUCAUGAAGUCAACAUUGAGCAGAAUGCCAAUUGGCCGGAACCAGACAAGAACUACAUCUCAUCUACGUCUUCCUUAUCAGCAGUCUGGCCCACACUACGCCACAGGGCCUACACCUGGGCCGCCAUUUUGGAUACCGGAUCCUCUGCAUUUGGCAACUUGGACGAUGGUCUGCAGUAUCCCUGCGAUCAUCCAAGGGCGAAAGCUUGUGGGGAAACAGAUAGAGAGUUUGUCAACGUUCCCAAUUUGGUCCUUGCACAUGGCAUGCGUUAUCGCAUUUGCAUCCACGCUGACGCAGUGACAUUGGAGCAUGAGUUGUGGAAUGAACCUCUGCCUGCUGUGUCCAGCUGUAGUGAUGGCGUUGUCAUAGAUACGACCCCACCGACCCCUGGCUCUGUUUGGAUUGGAUGGAACCAGCAUCAAACCUACCAAAGUUCCAGCUCUGAGUUAGUCCUUCACUGGGAGUCCUUCACUGACAUUGAGGAGCACGGCAUGGCACGUCAUCACUCAGGGAUCAAGUACUAUGAAUAUGCCAUCGGUUCGAUGCGAGGCGGUAGCGAUGUUAAAGAGUUCACUCGUGUUGGAAUCACCAACGGCGUUAUUGCACACAGCUUGAGAUUACAGAAUGGACACAAGUAUUACGCUACAGUUAGAGCAACUGACUUUGUUGGUCUGUCAUCACAAGCCGUCUCGGACGUUAUUGUCAUUGAUACGUCACCGCCUGUCAUCAGUGCUGAUCAUACGUUGGACGUCGGAGGCAGCUUCAUCCGAUCUACAACUUCCAUCUCAGCAAGUUGGGAGAAUGUAUUCUCAGACCAGGAGAGUGGUGUAGCGUAUUACGAGUGGGCCGUGGGUUCACAUCCAGGCCAUGCAGACAUCAUGCCAUUUACUGAAGAGAGUACAGAGAUCGGGGUCAGUGACCCUUCACGACCUUUGCUCCUUCAAGAAGGUCACUCGUAUUUCAUUUCUGUUAAGGCCAUCAAUACUGUUGGUCUAAUCACACUGAAGAGUUACGGAGCAUUCACAGUCGAUGCAAGCCCCCCAUUGGCUGGCCACGUCUUAGACGGAAACCCAGCCAACGCCUCGGCCAAUCACAGAGACCGAGACUUCCAGGAGGAUCGUACAGUGAUCAGGGCAUUCUGGGAAGGGUUUCAUGACCCACACAGCGCCAUCGUUGGCUAUGCCUGGAGAGCUGGGACGUGUUCAGGGUGUAGCGAUGUCAUACCUGAGCAACAUGUGGGCUUGGAUAUUUAUGUCACUGCCGAGAACCUGAACCUAGUGCCUGGUCUGACCUACUACGUGACGGUGACGGCCUGUAAUGCUGCUGACCUUUGUACCUCAGUGACCUCUGAUGGGGUCAUGGUGGAUGACUCUCCCCCGAUAGUGGGGCAUGUGUACGACGGCGGUCCUGGGGGUGGGGAUAUCAGCUACCAAUCUUCGAGACUUGAGUUGCGAGCUCAUUGGUGGGGCUUCAACGACCCUCACUCUGGCCUCUCUCACUACGAAUGGCGCGCCGGCACGACACCAGGAGCUGAAGACAUUCUCUCCUCCACACGCAUCGAGCUGUCAGAAGACGCUCUGAUAUUCCUGUCAGCAUCAGACCAGAUGCCAGUCGGCACUGAUAUCUACGUCACAGUGCGCGCCUACAACCGGCUUGGUAUGUGGAGUCAGGCUACGUCUAACGGGUUCCGUGUAGACUCUAGUCCACCUGAUGUGGUGGUUGCACCUGCUAUAGAUCAAACUCUAGGCAUGGCUGUCACAAACACACAGGUCUUGCGGGAUCUGAUUCACUUUUCCUGGAAGUUCAAUGACACUGAGAGUGGUAUUAAAGACCAGUUUGUAUCCGUCAGCACGCACCGCAACGGUGACGUCAAUAUACAUCCAAUAAAAAUUGCGGGGAGUGAGUUGGACCAUACCUUCACCAAUCUGACAUUACAUGAAGGCAGUCGAUACGUCAUUACCGUAGUUGCUUGUAACUUUGCUGGUCUCUGCACACAGGCUGAGACACAGCCUUUAUUGGUUGAUGGAAGCCCACCGUCAGUUGGGACGUUUGCCAUUGAUACCGAGAGUGCUGCCAACUUGGAACGUCAUCAUAUCACCUGGAUCAACCCAACCACCGAACCGUAUGAUCCUGACGUAGUUUCCCCACGCUACCACUCGGGUUGGAUGACGUGGGUAGAAGACCCCCGUACGUCCCUUGGUUCCUUAGCCCUUGCCUGGCUGGGAUUUGCUGAUGUUCACUCUGGUAUCAGCCACUACUUGGUCUCCGUCGGACGCACCUACAGCGGCUCGGAACUCACCCCGAGUGGACCAGUUCAUGUAAGCCACAGCUACGACGGCAUGCCAUUGGACGAGGGUAUCGUUCAGGCUACCUUCAUACCACUAGAGGGCAGUCUAACGGACAUAAACCCUCCAUAUCUCUACAUUUCCAUCUGGGCAGUCAAUGGGGUCGGUCUACCAAGCAACCGCCAUCAUUCCACUUUCGAGCUUUCCCGAAGUUCAACCUAUGAGGGCGCUCUUGUCCUGCUGCGGCAAUGCUCACCUGCAACAUGCGAGGGCCACUGUGCAUGCGCUCCUAUUGAUAAAGCAUGUGCCCCGGACAGGAGUUGCAAUGACGUAACAGACAGUAAUCCCAACACCGUGAUAGAAGUUCUUGAUGUACUGGAUCUGAUGCACAAUGAUAUCGAUACCAUGAUCGAUAUUGAUGACACAGCCACUCGGUACAUGACAGCUGCAGUCUGGCGAGUCACUGAGCAGAAAGGACUGGACAUCAAAUGGUUUGAGUGGAGCAUUGGUGAUGAUUCCUCGUCUAAUCCAUCGGGAGUCUUUGAUGCAGGAAGGGAUAGAGUAUGGUUUGAUGUUGGACAGGACAAUCACGUUAUCAUCACGCUGAAUGGAGACCGAAAGCUGUCCAAGGGAGUCAAGUAUCACGUGUUCAUCCGGGCCUGGUACGACGCUACGACAUACGCAGUGUUCAGAUCAGACGGCAUUACACCUGAUAUCACACCGCCAAAAAUAUCAACAAUCCGAGGCACUAAGAUAAAAGACCUCGCCAGAUCUGAUGCUAGGAAAGACACAGAUUACUUGACGGAUCCUAGCGCCAUCUUCGUCUCCUGGGAGGGGGUGUUUUUAGACGAAGCAAUGUCCCAGUACCAAGUGUCACUAAGUACCUAUCCUGGAGGUGAAGACAUUCGUCAAUUUGCUGACCACGUCUUCCCAGCCAGUGUGUCGUCCACGCAGCUCACUAGCCUGAACCUACAGAGUGGACUGCGAUACUACAGCAACGUACGAGCAUUCAACAAAGCUGGUCUGCACACGCUCAGAAGCAGUGACGGCUUUGUGGUGGAUACCAGGAAGCCAGAUCCAGGCCUGGUCUUUGAUGGCAUAGAUCUUCACGACGUAGAGUACCAGAACUCCAGCACCGUCAUCUCAGCCUCCUGGCAUGGCUUUGUGGAUCUGGAAUCCUACGUAGACCAUUACGAGUGGUGCGUUGGACUGACCCCUAGCCCUGCAGAUGAUGGCAUUCUGCCCUGUACAAGUGUUGGAAUCCACCUGUCUGCCUCCAAGACUCUACCUGUACCUCUCACAGAUGGCAUCCGGUAUUACUCCAAGAUCUCAGCUAUCGACGCUGCCGGCCUACAGUCUGUAUCAGUCUCUUCUGAUGGGUUUGCAGUGGACACUACACCCCCUGAACCACUAAAACACAUCCUUCGAGGGGAUAACUUGAUCCAGAAUCCAUCAUUUGAAAUGAUGCUGCGGGAAUCAGACAACACAGAUAUGGAGGAUAUUAUUACAACGGUUAGUCCUGACAAUGGGACAUUCAAUGAAACCAUGACUAGGCCUACAAAGUCACCUGAUAUUAAUUCAACUCGUGAGGCAACGACACCUUCAUUGACAGAGUCCUUGACAGCAAAUUUUACAGGUGUCAAUGUCACUGAUAGCUAUCCCACUUCUGACACCAAUUUGACAACCGACGAAAUGCCAUUCACAACCAGUAUGCCAUCCACAACUAGUGUGGAUGUUACACCAGAUGAGCUACUUGGUCAGUGGAUCGUUGCAUCUGAUAGCCAGACUGCUGUGGUCGCUUCUGGCAAGAAGAUUGCUCAAGAUGGCAGUAAGUUCUUGUCUCUUCACGGCUCUGUCUUCCAAACCUUCCACACAACCCCGGGCAGCCACUACCAGGUGGUGGUCUUCGCGAGUCAUGCCGUGCCAUCCCACAACCCUUUGCUGAAUCAGGAAGGUCGCAUCGAGGCUCCAGGAUUGAAUCGCGUCUUCAGGUUGUAUGACCGGCCGACACACGGUCACUCAGACCAGAGUCUGAGUUCCAUCCGAUGGCAUCAGCACAGGUUUUACUUCACAGCCAGCGACGAUGUCUCAACAUUAACAAUCUCCUCAGUCGGAGAAUCCAAUGGAAUCCUGUUGGAUAAUAUUCAGGUGAGACCGCUUACAACGGGACCGAGUUCCGGAGAUGGGUCCGUAGAAGUCCAUACUCAGUUCAUUCACAGCUGGUCGUCAAUCCAGGCCAAGUGGCAUUUUAUUGACCCUGAGAGUCCAAUAGUGGACUACAGCUGGGCUAUAGGUACCACGAGGGGCAGCACCCAGCUUCAAAGCUUCACGUCUGUCGGCACGCAGACAGAUGCUAUCAACACUGACCUCAACAUGGCGCAUGGCGUCUAUGUAUUCGUCACUGUGACGGCGAGAAAUGCAGCUGACCUCAUCACCAUAGCAACCUCCGACCCCAUAUUGAUUGACCUAACGCCACCCCUGAUUCAUUUUGUCUCUGACGGUGGGGAUGUACAAGAUGCUGACUUCAGUUCGGACGACGAUUCUCUGACCUUCAGCUGGUCAGCGUCUGAUCCUGAAAGUGGAAUUGACCGCUGUGAAUGGGCAGUUGGAUCAGAGCCUGGACUUGAUGACAUUCUACCACACUCAUCGUCUCCUAACGACACUUCCACUGUCACCACCAACCUGUCCCAGGCUAUGGUUGAGGGUCAGCGACUGUACGUCACCAUCACAUGCUACAAUCACGCUGAAAAGUCGUCGCGGAAAUCAUCAGAUGGUGUCACCAUAGUAACAGUGCCCCCCAGCUCAUCAGGAGCUGUGGUCAACGUGAAGACACUGUCAGAGACUCAGUACGAAACACGCGACGGGUACCAGUCACAGAGAGACUCCCUCAAAGGAUCAUGGGAUGGAUUCAUGGAUCCAUUCGGAAUUCAGUCUUACGAGUGCCACCUUAGUGGACCGAACGCCUUCGCCUCCUGGACACCUUGUGGAUCCACAUCAGAGACUCACCUGGAUUGGUCAGGUCUUAGCCUGGUGGAUGAUGCAACCUAUAGCCUGUCAGUCAGAGCCGUCAAUCAUGCUGGUUUGACCAGCCAGGCUAUCAGUGGCAACUUCACGUUGAAGUCUGCAAAACUUUCUGAUGGAGCCUCAAGCCUGAUCAGAUCCACCUGGCUGGGAGACGGGACGGUUGAUCUUGCCUGGGAUGGCUUGUUCUCUUCUUCCUCCUCUUUGGUCUAUGAGGUAUCUCUGGGUACCAUCCCAGGAGGUAGUGAUAUCAUGCAGUGGGUGGAGACCAUGGAGACAGGUAUGCGUGUCUCACCACUGGCUCCCUUCACCGAUUACCACUUGACGUUGACAGCCAUCAAUGCAGCCGGAUUGUCGCAUACGGUCCGCAAGAUCAUAAAUGUAUAGCUAGCUUGAUUAACAAACAUAGGGAUGCUGCGUAGCGCUGUAGAGUACAUGUCAAUAAUAAAAGUAAAAUAGAGCUUGAGCUUUCGGUACGAAGCACCUUUGUCGCCAUCAUUGCUAGUAACCUCCACUAGAAACUUCUGAGAGAAAACAGUCAAUCUAACUGUAAACUGGCCAGCCCUCUAAUCUAUCUUAAUCCUUUGUCCAAACAGUGGCUUUAUAAUCCCUAACACUUAGUGUAAUAAAGCCACAUGUGCUGUCACACAGCUGAUAUUGACAAGUGCAGGGGAUUAGCAGCAGUAUCUGAUAACAGGGGCCAGUUUGUUGACAAAGGGAUUAACAUUAGAUAAGAGUGUACUGCUAGAAGUACUGUAUUCUUUCUGAGUUUACAGGCCCUAACUCGGAAAGCUGCUAUAAGCACUUACACCUGAUGAUAAUUCCCCUGAUAAGUUGCUUUGCACCGAUAGCAUGAGUACAACAAUCUCGGGAGCACUGUUUCACUUUUACUAUUGACAUUAGUUAGCUCGAUUGUUUGAUGUGCAAUCACCAGGGCCCAAUUUAAAACAAUGCUGAGCAAAAUCAUUUUGGUUUUGGAUUUCAUUUCUGAAAGUCUGGAUGUCCGUAUUUUGUUAUCUUUGUAAAUUUAUUUUUGUCCCCAGCAAAUUCGUUCUCUUAUUCGGGGAUGUUCAUAGAGUAGAUAGCUGGAUCUUCAGCAAAAAAAAAUAUUCCACCUACACUGGUUGGAUUGUAAGUAAUGGAAAAUACAGAAGCAAAGUUUCUGCAGGGACAACUGCAAACAAUUGCACAAAAGAAAAUUAUCCUUAACGAAAAACGUCUACAAACCAGAUAAUUUAAAAGUUCAGAAAAAUGUGGAAUAAGUCAUAAGCAAAAACAAAUAAUUGCCAAGCUGUGGCAAAAUUGCCCCGUACUCAGGUUAGUCUGCCAAGCAAAGAACAAUAUUUCUAAGUCCAAACAAAUUCUUGCUGAACAAAGGUCUACAUUAAGAGCCACUCAAAAAGAAAUACCAUUGUUGUAUAUUUUUAUGUUAUGUUUUAUAUAUGCUAUGUUAUCAGCUGGUUUGCAUUUGUAUUUAUAUUAAUCUUUGUUCAUAAGAAAACGUGUAUGCUAAGAUGUACCUCAUGUUCAUUAGAAUUCAUUUUGAGCAGCGCACCAUGUUGCUGAAUACCAACAGGGUCUCUUGGAAGCCUGAAUUCAUUAAUACAUUUGAUUAUUUUUAUAAUAAAGUUGCAUUUCUCUUUUUUGGGGGCUGGUAUAAACAUUUGCCAUGUCAUGUUUAAAAACCCUGUCA